GCGGGGAGCGCAGUGUUGCUUCAACCAUUAGCGAGAACGGGUGUGCGCGGCAUUAUUUCCCGCUGACACCCUGAAAAGUGAGUGUAGCGUGGUGAGACUGGACAUGUCACACUGGUGAUUCACACUGGGGUCUCCGUGUCACGAUGUCCCGGUGCUGAGAGUGCCAGGGCCACCGGCAGUGCGUGGCCCCCUGCUCUAUCUCAAGCGUGAGUGAGUGUGCGUGAGAGUGAAAUCAGACUGUACCUCUGCACCACCACACUAUCGCCAUCAUGGGGCCGGAACACCUAGGAUCUGCCUUCCUUCAUAUGGGGGACAUCGUCUCCCUGUAUGCUGAGGGCAGCGUGUCGGGAUUUAUCAGCACACUCGGGCUGGUCGACGCCCGAUGUGUUGUGAAUCCCAGUGCAGGAGAUCUCACGAAUCCGCCCAAGAAAUUCAGAGACUGCCUGUUCUGCAUUUGCAUGAGCAACCGCUACUCGGCCCAGAAGCAGUUCUGGAAGGCCGCGAAGCAGAGCGGUCACUCGGCCACGGAUCCCACCCUCCUCAACCGCCUGCACCAUGCAGCAGAGACAGAAAAGAGACAGAAUGAAGCAGAAGGAAAGAAAUUACUGGGACAAGUCAUCCAGUACGGGCGCACUAUACAGCUCCUUCACCUGAAAUCCAACAAGUACCUGACCGUGAACAAGCGACUGCCGGCGCUGCUGGAGAAGAACGCCAUGCGGGUCUACCUGGACGCCAACGGCAACGAGGGGUCGUGGUUCUACAUCAACCCAUAUUACAAGCUUCGGCUCACGGGGGACAAUGUGGUCGUCGGCGACAAGGUGAUUCUCAGCCCUGUGAACGCCCAACUGCACGUGUCCAGCAUGAACGAUCUUCCUGACCAUCCAGGCUGUAAAGAGGUGAAUGUCCUGAACUCGAUGACGAGCUGGAAGAUCUCGCUCUUCAUGGACCACAGGGAGAAUCAGGACGGUAUCCUCAAAGGGGGAGACGUGAUACGCCUUUUCCACGCGGAACAAGAGAAGUUCCUCACCAUGGACGAAUACAAGAAGAAGCAUUGCGUUUUCCUCAGGACGACGGGGCGGACCACGGCCACCACUGCGACAUCUAGUAAAGCCCUGUGGGAGGUCGAGAAGGUGGUCCAACACGACCCAUCGAGAGGAGGUGCAGGACACUGGAAUUCCUUGUUCCGCUUCAAGCACCUUGCCACAGGACACUACCUCGCAGCCGAGAUCGACGAGGAUCCCACGCCCGACCCUACCAGGACCAAACUGAGAGAACAAAUAUUGAAGCAACAGUCAAUAGACUCGGGGAGUUCGGACGGCCGGCGGAGAAAAACAGGGUUGUGGAGGGGCGCCACAGAUCCCAAUGGUGGGCCAGUGUAUCAGCUGGUCUCAGUGCCCCUAAGCAAUGACAUAGCCUCCAUUUUUGAGCUUGAACCCACCACCCUGAUCCGAGGAGACUCCAUGGUCCCACAGUCCUCAUAUGUGAGGUUGCGGCACCUUUGCACAUCCACAUGGGUUCAUUCUACAUCAAUUCCCAUUGACAAGGAUGAAGAGAAGCCUGUUAUGUCAAAGGUUGGCUGUGCACCCAUCAAAGAAGACAAAGAAGCUUUCUUUUUGGUGCCUGUACAUGCAAAGGAAGUGAGAGAUCUUGACUUUGCAAAUGAUGCGAGUGAGGUUUUAGCCAAGCAUGCAAAAAAGCUUGAAAAAGGAGCUAUCCCUCAAGCAGAAAGAAGAUCCCUGAUAUUUUUGCUACUUGACCUUGUAUAUUUUAUUGCUGAGAAAGAGCAUGAACAAAACAAAAGUGAACCUUUAGCUUUAGGAUUAGAUGUGACGAAUCCUAAUAGAGAUCGACAGAAACUACUCAGAGAACAAGACAUUUUAAAACAGAUUUUCAAGAUCCUCCAGGCACCCUUUACGGAGACACAAGGUGGGGAUGGCCCUCUCCUAAGAAUUGAUGAGUUGAAUGAUCCAAGGAAUGCAGCUUAUAAGACAAUCUUCCGUCUCUGUUAUAGACUUUUAAAACUUGCUCAACAAGGAUAUAGAAAGAAUCAGGAAUAUAUUGCUCAGCAUUUUGGUUUUAUGCAAAAGCAAAUUGGGAUUGAUGUCUUGGCAGAAGAAACAAUUACAGCGUUACUUCACAAUAACCGCAAACUGUUAGAAAUACACAUUACUGCUGCAGAGAUAGAAACAUUUGUUGGACUGGUGCGAAAGAAUAUGCAUAAAUGGGACUGGAGAUUUUUGGAUUAUUUGAAGGUGUUGUGCAUCUCUAACAACCAGGCUAUUGCUCGAACACAAGAAUUGAUUUGCAAAAGUGUGUUUAGCGAGAAGAAUAAAGACAUUCUUAUUGAAACCAGACUUGUUGAAGAGGAUAUUGAAGUUGAAGUGGAUGUUGAAGGUAGUGGUUCUAUGCUGGCCAUUGAACAGGAUGAAGAAGUUGUAUUAACUUGGAAUAAUGGAGAGUGCUCAAAGUCCAUAGAAGAGUUGGCAAGCCGGGCCACCAUGGGUGACUCAGAUGGUGGCGAGGACAAGCUCAUAUUGGAAUAUUACAGACACAUGCUGGAUCUCUUCUCCAACAUGUGCCUUGAUAGACAAUACCUAGCAAUAAAACCCCUAUCACCUUUACUCAAGAUAAACCUUAUGCUCAAAUGUAUGGAGAUGGAGAUUCUUCCGUAUGAUCUACGUGCCUCUUUCUGCCGUUUAAUGUUACACAUGCAUGUAGACUGUGAACCCCAGGAAAUGGUCACACCAGUGAAAUAUGCCAGGCUGUGGUCUGAAAUUCAGCCACAGAUGUCUAUUGCUGACUAUGACAAGCAUGCAGCCCUUCAUAGUGCUGAGGCUGCAGAGACUACAUUCAGAGAAGUCAUCCUCUUUGUUGAGGAAUACCUGUGUAAUGUAGUGGACAAGAUGUGGAGCUUUUCGGACCCUGAACAGAAUAAGCUGACAUAUGAGGUUGUGCAUCUUGCAAGGUACCUUAUCUACUUUGGAUUCUAUAGCUUCAAUGACCUGUUGAGGCUCACAAAGACCCUACUGUCAAUCUUAGAUUGUUCGUUUGACAGUGAUACAAAAUAUUUUCCCAACAACAUUCCUGCUGGAAGGAUAAGCGCAGACAGAGGGGGUGUGAUAAAGACUCUCGGAGACAUGGGCGCCGUUGUGACAAACUUGGCUCUAGGGACCAACAGGAUGGGCACCAGGAUCUCCGGUGGAGGGACUGGUCGUAAGAAGAAGUCAGGAGCGGCAGAUAAGGAGGAUCUCUUUGUCAUGGACACCAAGCUCAAGAUCAUAGAAAUUCUAGAGUUCAUUCUCAAUGUGCGUUUGGACUACAGAAUCAGUUGUCUAUUAUCCAUCUUUAAGAAAGAGUCUGAUGAGAAUCCAAGUUCUUUAACUGGAGAUGGAAUCUCUCAAGGCCUGAAAAAUAAAAAUCUUGAAAAUAUUUGGGCUCAGGCUCAAAACAUUUUUGAUGAAACGAAAGAAAGCUCAUGCCUAGAUUUGGAUGGCGAAGGUGGGAAGAAGUUUUUGCGUGUUUUGUUGCAUCUGGUCAUGAGUGGAUAUGCACCUUUGGUCUCACGAUCGCUACAGUUGCUCUAUCGUCACUUCUCUCAGAGGCAGGAAGUUCUUCAAAACUUCAAACAGGUUCAACUUCUGGUUCAAGAUGGAGAUGUAGAAUCAUACAAGCAAAUAAAAGAAGACUUGGAUGAUUUGCGCAACUUGGUUGAAAAAUCAGAACUCUGGGUCUACAAGCCACGCACCACUGAGGAAGAUGGAGGUGGAACCAAAAAGAAAAAGAAAAAGGCAAAGGAAGAUGAUGAUGACGAUGGUGAGAGUAAACCAAAGAAGCAUCCUGCACCUAUGUUGUCAUCGCAGGACAAGCAGGGUUCAGCCAUUGACCUUGGACUUGGUCCACCCUUAGAGCCUGACCAGUUGGAGAACUACAAACGCAUACAGCAGAUUCUAGUUAGAAUGAAUAAACUGUGUGUGACUCAGUCAGCCCAUGGACACUUGACACCCAAGAGAAAUGAACAGCGACUCUUGAGGAACAUGGGCAUCCACUCUGUUGUUUUGGAUCUACUUCAGAUUCCUUAUGAUAAAAAGGAGGACAAACGUAUGAAUGAACUUAUUGAGCUCGCACAUCAGUUUCUUCAGAACUUCUGCUUAGGUGACCGUCAGAAUCAAGCACUCCUUUACAAGAGAAUUGACCUCUUCCUUAAUCCUGGGGUUAAAGAAGCCUACAUCAAUUUCCUCAAUCACUGCUACAUUGAUACAGAAGUUGAGAUGAAAGAGAUCUAUAAUUCCCACCACAUUUGGAGUUUGUUUGAGAAGUCUUUCCUGGUUGAUAUGGGCAGAGUUGCCACCGCUCCACCUGAUAGAAGGCACGCUGACAAAGCCUUGGAAAACUAUGUAAUCAACUCCCUCAUGAAUAUCAUCACAACAUUCUUCAACAGUCCAUUUUCUGAUCAAAGCCAGACAAUUCAGAAAUACCUGGACGAGGCUCGCGACUUCUGGGGACAGCCUUAUGUUCAGCAGUACAGUUCAGAAACACGGCAGCCAGUGUUUGUGCAACUGCUCCACCAUGUGUACAGAGUCAGCCAAGCCGUCUUGGGACACCAGAGAGUCAAUGUAGAGAACUGUAUUAAAACUCUUACAGAAGUUGCUCGAAAGCAUAAUAUCUCCAUUCCUAGUGACCUAGAAGCUCAGGUUGUAAGCAUGUCCCAGCGCACUAACAUCAUCAUGUCCAGGACGGCCACCCAGUGGAGCAAAAGAGCCACACGAAGGGAUGCUUCGUCUACAUCUCUAUCUGGUAAGAUGGAUCACCUGGUAAUCGAGCAAGACUUUCACUCUGUGGUGUCAGUGCUGGAAGCGGAGCUUCGUCCAUUGGUUACUGCUGAGUUAUCUGUCCUGGUGGACAUUCUAUACCAACCACACUUGCUCUUCAGACCGGAUAGUGAAGCCAGUAUUAAGUGCCAGAAUGGAGGUUUCAUUUCUAGGCUUAUUCGUCACUGUGAGGUGUUGCUGGAGGAGAAAGAUGAGAAGCUCUGUAUACAAGUUCUGAAGACACUCAAGGAUAUGAUAACAGACUCAGAGUAUGGAGAGAAGGGAGAUGCAUUGCGAGAGCUGCUUCUGAAUAGGUAUUUUGACCAGUGGUCAAAGAGGGAGGCUGCAGAUUACAACACAAGGCAGUCACCAAGCCAAGGAGAUAUAGUUCAGCGUCGUUCAGGAAAAACGCUAGCAGAGGUACAGUGUGACUUGGCCAAGAAAGGAGCAGCAGUUUUGGUGGUGGACUUAGUGAUGAAAAGCCAAAAAUGCAACAGGAUAUUUGUAGAGGCAGUGGAACUAGGUAUAGCACUGCUUGAAAAUGGUAACCGAGAGAUUCAGGAUAUGCUCUACAAUAAACUGAGAGAGAGUGAUAAAUCACAAAACUUUUUUAAGGUGUUUAGUACCAAAAUGAAAGAAGCAGUACAGGAGAUUCGCAACACUGUCACAGUCAACACCUCAGACAUAAGUGCUAAAAGUAGCGAUGAUAAAGAUGUGCAGAAGGAUGGAGACAAGUUAACGAGAAAGAAAGGAGCAGUCCACAAGCUCAAUGGUCUAGUAAUGAAUGACGAGAUCCGAGAAGAACUUUCUGCAGCAGCAUCUGUGACCUCCCAGGCCUAUACAAAUAUUAGAGCUGGAAAUACAGGUGAUGAUAACAACUUAGGGAUAAGUCCACUAGAAGAAGCCUCUGAUUUUGGAGGUCGAGGUAAUAAGGAAGCUGCUGCCGACAACCCAAAGCUCUCAGAGAAGAUUAGUGUGAUGGAACCAGUAUUGAGAUUUCUGCAGUUACUCUGCGAAAACCAUAAUCUUUAUCUACAGAAUUACUUGAGGGACCAAAGGAACAAGACAAAUUACAAUCUUGUCAGUGAGACUUUGAUGUUCCUGGACUGCAUCUGUGGAUCAACGACUGGUGGACUGGGCCUUCUUGGACUGUACAUCAAUGAGCACAAUGUCUCCCUCAUUAACCAGACUCUGGCGACUCUCACAGAGUACUGUCAGGGACCAUGUCAUGAGAAUCAGAAUUGCAUUGCAAUGCAUGAAUCCAAUGGCCUCCACAUCAUCACAGCUCUAAUUUUGAGUGACAUUAACCCCCUUGCCAAGACACGAAUGGAUCUGGUCUUGGAGCUGAAAAACAAUGCCUCAAAGCUGCUCCUGGCCAUCAUGGAGUCUAGAGCUGACUCUGAGAAUGCGGAACGCAUUCUCCAAAGCAUGAACAUUGAUCAGCUGAAAAAUGCUCUUGCAUUUGUUUAUGGUCUCUACCUUGAGGAACAAGAACAAAAGUGGAAAGACAGAGUUGAUAAGGAUGAAAAGCUGGAUGUGGUGUGUAACCUGUAUCAUCAGGAGAGCAUGGAUGAUGACGAAUUCUUUGAUGAUGGAACAGCAGAAAAUGAAGAUGGAGUAUCUCCAAGGGAGGUGGGCCACAAUAUAUACAUCCUUUGCCAUCAGUUAGCCAAACACAACAAGGACCUAGAAGAUUUACUUUCUAAAACAGGGAAUGACAAGUACACCAAAGCACUACGGCACUACAAAGAAAACACAGCACAGAUUGAGAUUGUAAGAAGUGACAGAACAAUGGAGCAGAUUGUCUUCCCAAUCCCAGAAAUUUGCAAAUACCUGACGAAUGAGACAAAGAUCAGGGUUUACAACACUGCUGAGCGUGAUGAGCAAGCCUCGAAAGUUCCUGACUUCUUUGAGAAAUGUGAAGAAAUGUUCAGGGAGAUGCAGUGGCAGAAAAAGUUGAAGAGUCAAGCAGUGUUAUCAACCAUAAGCAACUAUAUGUCUCUGUGGGGGAGGUUGCUGUUCAUUUUAGCUGUAGUCAUCAACCUCAUUGUAGCAUUCUUCUAUCCGUAUACUAGUCAGUUGCCAAAUGUUAAUAGCCACGUGAAUGGUCUGCUGUGGGUGGUUUUGCUGAUAGCCCUAGCCAUAGUUGUAACCUUACCAAAAAAAGUAUUCAUGUACAUCCUAGGUUUCUUAUUGAUAAUGAGAGUCAUAUUCUCCUUUGGACCUGAACCGGCACUAUGGUUACUGGGGAGUGCAAACGUAUUGAUAAAAGGUGUUCACUUAGUGAGUAUAAUGGGAAAUAAAGGCACAUUCGCCAAGAGCUUCAAGCAGAAAGUAACAGAUGGAGAACUGUCGUAUCACGUGGUCUACCUGGUCUUUUGUGUGCUUGGCCUGUCUGUGCACCCAUUCUGUUAUUCAGUAUUGCUGUUUGAUGUCGUCUACAGAGAGGAGACAUUGCUAAAUGUGAUGAGGUCUGUUACCCGCAAUGGCUGGUCUAUUAUCUUGACUGCAGCACUUGCCCUUAUCUUAGUAUACUUAUUCUCCAUCAUUGGCUACACAUUCUUCAAUGAUGACUUCUUAGUGGAUGUUCCAGAGAACGUUAUGGACUGGGACACAAUACAGAAGGACAUUGAUGAAAAAGUGCAGGAGUAUGUGACAAAUCAGUUGAAGCCGCUUACAGCUGAAGGCACUUGUGAAAUUGGUGCAGAUUGCACUGAGGAUGAGGCAAAGAGUUUUGCAAAGGACGUAGCAACAGAUGUUAUUGCAUCACUGGAAGACAAGUCAAAUCUGUUGAUAGAAGUAGGUGACAAAAAGGAAAAUGCUUGCUCAUCCCUCCUCAUGUGCAUUGUCACAACACUGAAUCAUGGACUACGAAGUGGAGGAGGCAUUGGUGACAUUCUCCAGCCACAUUCAACUAAUGAAAACUACUUUGUGCCAAGAGUCAUCUAUGAUCUCCUGUUCUUCUUCAUUGUGAUCAUUAUUGUGUUGAACCUCAUCUUUGGUGUGAUUAUUGACACGUUUGCAGAUCUCAGGAGUGAGAAGCAGAAUUCUGAAGAGAUUCUGAAAAACUCUUGCUUCAUUUGUGGUUUGAAGCGUGCAAGUUUUGACAAUAAGGCAGUGAAUUUUGAGGAUCACAUAAAGCGAGAACACAACAUGUGGCAUUACCUUUACUUCUACGUACAAGUUAAUGUGAAAGAUCCUACAGAGUUCACUGGUCCAGAAAGUUAUGUUUAUACUCUGGUCAGGGAGAAAGACUUGAACUGGUUCCCACGAAUGCGCGCCAUGUCUCUCAGCAUUGGAGAAACAGAGGGAGAAGUAAAUGAUGUCCGCUGUCUCAGCGUGAAACUUGACCUCCUAAAAUCGUUAGUUGACAACCUCAUCUCACAACUUACAGAACUGAAGGAUGCGAUGUCGAAGCAGCAGAAGUAUCGCAGUCGAAGAGAAAUCCUUAGCACAACAAGCAACUACACCCAGCAGUAUGCAGCCCCAGCUGGGCCUAUGGAUCUCAUACAACAGUACCAGGCAACCUGACCAGAAUAUUACUAACAAAUGAAUUAAUGCAACAAAUAGACAGGCUGUUUGUGUUUAUGUAUAUAUAAUAAAUUCCUUUUUUUCAUG